AUGUAUAAUUCUUUAUCAGUUACAACCGUAUUUCCCAAAUUAUUCACUACAUUUUUAUAUUUAUGGUCAUUCUUUACAGCGAUAUAUCAAAUUAAAUGGAUUAAUUAUACUUUUAUGAUUACUAUGUUAUGGUCACUAUAUCUCAUUGGAUACUACGCAUAUGUUCAAGCAUUUAUGGUUGGGCCAGGAUCACCAUCUGAUUUCCCGGAGUUGCGUGUGAAUUCCAUUGAAGCUGCUGAGGCAGGAACAGAAUUUCCACCAGAAUAUUUAUCUCAAAAAUCGAUCACUUUAAAACAUGAUGGUAGGGCAAGAGUUUGCAGAACAUGUCUUGUGUGGAAACCAGAUAGAUGCCACCAUUGUUCUUCAUGUGAUCGUUGUAUAUUAAAGAUGGAUCAUCAUUGUCCAUGGUUUGCAGAAUGUAUUGGUUUUAAGAAUCAUAAAUAUUUUAUUAAUUUUCUGAUUUAUAAUUCGCUAUAUGCUACAUUUGUAUGUCUCAUAUCUUCAAAAGAACUCUGGAAUUGGUUUUCACAAGAGAAAUAUGUUACAGAAUUAAUUAAUAUUCAUUUACUACUGCUGUUCAUUGUGUCUUUGAUUACCAGUGUUUCGAUGACAUUAUUCACUGCUUAUUCAAUUUAUCAAGUUUUAAUAAAUAGAACAACUAUUGAGUUAUAUGCCUACAGACGGUACAAGGAGGAAUUAGAGAUAUUGCAAGAUACUACCACAACUUAUAAUUCUCAAUCAAAUAGACCUCUACCAACAGAUAAUGUUUUUGAUUUGGGUUCAUAUAAAUUAAAUUGGUGCGAAACUAUGGGCACUACCUGGAAAGAAUGGUUAUUACCAGUUCAAACAAAUAAAUAUAUCAAAAGUAGGCAUACGUCAGAUGAAAAAGGUCUGUAUUUCAACAUCAAUCGUAAAGUUGCAAGCCAAUUGCAAGAGUCUGCGAUCCUACAGGAUAGAUUGUUAAGGAGAGUUACUCCAAGAUCAUCUAGAGACUAUUCUCAGUUGAGCCAAAGAGAAGAUCUAGUACGUACAACUUAG